UCUGGAGUUCUUCCCAGGGCUACCACUUUAUGUUCCAGCUCGGACACUCUCUCCACUCUGGCUACAGGAAGUUGCCAGGAGAGGCACAAAUCCUUCUGACCUGUUCCCAGGGGAGGGGUGGUGGGCGGGAGUCAAGGAAUGGGCCAGGAAAAAGACCCCCCAGAGGGUGGGGGAGCCCUGGCCUUGGCCGCCUCUUUCCCACAACCCCCUUUCUGAAGCGUACUCAACGAGCACUAAGAGUUAAUACAGCAAGUCGGGGCUGGGCGGGGAUUUCCCGCAGCUCUGCCCUUUCUCCAAACACUCCCUUCUAGGCCUGGGCUGGCGAGUCAGAGCAGCAAGCACCUGCUCGGUACGGGGCACGCAGACAGGCCCCCUCCCUGAGGAGCUCACGGCCCAGUGGCAGAAGACCCGAGGAAGGACAGAGACGGUCAGUCAGCGGGCGGCCGCCAAGAGGCCCUCCCCUGGGAGCAGAGGUUCUGGGAGGGGCCGGCCGAUCAGACCCGGGGAAGGCCGAGCUAGGUCCUCUGGGCCUCCAUUUGAACUUUGAUCCAGCUGGAGAUUUCAAACUGUGACCAAGGCCGAAACGGGAGCCUGAGCAAGGGAAGCCCCCGGAGGGCAGGACAGCCUGAAAUGCUCGUGGCCCGGCCGGCCCUCUCCACAGGCAGGAAGGUCUGCCAGUGCUUUCUCCACAGGCUUUCUCAGCCCCGGCUGAUGGAGAAGGGACUUUUCUGACUGGGAAGAGUUCGGGCAGUGAGCAGGGCCGGCAAAGAUGCUUUUAAGGACAGUGGGAGCUUAGCCCGAACCCAACCCUCAGCCUCCCCCCGAGCAGGAGAGAGCAGGGGAUGACUCAGUAUGGAGGCCGAAGGGCCUUCACUCCUCCAGGGAGACCAUCCCAAGGAUGCUGAGAAGAACUCGUUUUUCCAUUAUCAACACAAGGCCGAAUCCCGCUAGGCAGCCCGCCAUUUUAGCAGCCACUGAGGCAAAGGCGCUCUGGCCCAGAGGGAAGCCGACGUGAGAAGGUGCAGUCGUCUCAACUGAUACAAAACUUUUAUUCCAAUCGGACUUGGAAAUAAAUGUCCAUCAUCUCUUAUUUCUCAGCUUUAUAGAAUUUUUUAGAAAAUGGACUUUGAUGAAGUCCGCUGAACGCUGCCUUGCCGUAUUCUCAAAUUUGGGUCUUUCAGAGGAGGGUCCCUCGCCGUGUCUCCCCACCCCCCCACCAAGUCACGGGAGACGCCCCCGUUUCAGAAGCAACGCCCCCAAAAUCUCUGGCCACUCCCCCCAAUCUCCAACGAAGCCAGGACCGCAUUCAAAACGUGAGGCCGGGCACGGGACGUCCAAAGUCUCGUCCAGCUGCCGGUGGUGGAUAUGUAGAGGUCACCACAGACACAUUACUUCUAAAGGAAGAAGUGAUUGAGAGGGGGAGGGAGAUGAGAGGGGCAAAGAGAGGAAAGGGAGAGAAAGAGAAAAGCAGAACCGAGAAGGGGCUGGGGAAGGAGCCCAGGCUGUUGGGAGAAAGGAGGCCGCAUGUGGAGGAAGGAGAGCACUCCGCCUGAAGGCCCGGGUUCUGCUCUGCAGAAUAACCAAGGAGUGACUCUGGCCUGUGGGUGAGCCUGGCCUGGCACCUGGACUGUGAUGUGCCUUCUCUACCUCCCCACAGAAAAUGAAAUAAUCCCGGCCCUCAAGCAGCUUCCAUUCUAAAACACCACCCGGUUUGGAGAGGCCCGAGACCCCGGCGGGGCUGGGCGUCCAAACCUCGGGGCCGGAGGUCGGAAUUCAGGAUUUACAGACGGAGCCAGAGGAGGAGGCCGGGAAUGGCUGUGAUCAGAGAACAGGGAUCUGUCUGUCCCAGCUCCGUCAGCCUCCUCCAUUGGCCGUGUGAUCUGCCCCCUCCAGCCCCCCCCAGCCGGGCCCCCUCGAUGCAGGAUCCUUCCAGCGGGCGCCCAGUAGGCCCACCGCCUCCCAAACACUUCCCGGGAAGCUGGCUCCCGGGUCCCUGCAUGUGUCUGCGACGCGUAGGCUCCAGAUGGCUCCGAGAAAUGCCUCAAGAGAGGGAGGAGAAGGAGGUCUCGCCAGCGGCGCCUCUGCCAGGGACAUGUGUGUUUGGGGAAGAGCAUGUUAUUUCAGUCAACUCCCCCCCGCCCCCAUCCUGGCACCUGCCAACUGGAGGCUCCAGAGACCCCGUUGUCUCCCCCCGAGCGAGGAAGAGCUGGGGGGGGGCGUCCCAAGGACACAGCGGAGAGCCGCCCCGGCCUCCCUCAGGACCUGAUGGGACCGGAACGGCCGCGGUCUGCCGGCCCUCGCCUCAUCUGGCCUCCCAAGUCUCCCUGCUGGGGUCCCUCCCAGCCCUGCCAAAUGCCCUUCCGGCCCCGGUCCGGCUCUCCCCGCCGACCCUCUCUAUUGUAAAGGCCCUCCCAGAGGGGGUAACCGAGGAGGGUCAAAGGCAGGGGGUUCCCCCCUUCCACAUCAGCGCCGCGUGUCUGUGGGCUCAGCUCUGUCUCGUCAGACCAAGGGAAUCCACCUCCUGUGAGCUUGGCCAGUGGACAGUGUGCCCGGGGACAAAGGCACAACGAAGUCCUCCGGAUUCUCCCCGCUCUGGGAGGCCCGGCGCGGCCCAACGUGCCCGGGCCCACGCAGCCGUCCUCCGUUCAUUCACCCAAAGCCCCGGGCUCCACUACCAGGAUCCUUUGUCUGUCCAGGCCCAUGAUUCAGCGACGAGACAAACAAAUCCUGAAGACUCUGACCCACGCCAGCUGGGCUGCUCCCACCUGGGGGUUCCUGGGGGAACAAUAGCAUCCUGAGCUGACAAAAAAUACAGCCCGUGGGUCUGGGCCAGGAGACAAAGGCUGGGAACAGAGUGGAUGGGAGUCCAGGGACUUUGGCAAACCAGGCCCGGAAACCCUCACCCCUCUGCCGCUCACAAGUGGGGCGUCCGACGGGCAAGGGGGGGCUUCCCCCGGGUGGGGUUCCCUGGUCACUGGCUAGAUUUGGGAGCCCCCCUGCCGCCCCAGAAGGAGAAUUAGCCCAAAGCACUCGCUGCCUUCCAGAAUCCCAAACACAGCAGAGUCAACGGCACACCAGGAACCACACACACACAGCAUUAUACAUCUAUAUAUACACCGUCCCACUAUAUAUAAUCUAUAGUAUCUAUCUUAUACAUGUAUAAUCUCACUGCUAGCUAGCCCCCCACACAGAGACGAUUCUAUUUCCUAACAGAGCUGUCGGCCAACUCCCCUCCCUCCCCAGCCAUCUGGGGCUCAAAGAGAAGGUGUUAAAUUGAUCUCCAGCAUUGGAUUGGAAGCAUCACCCCCCCCCCAAUUCCCUUAACUGGGAGGGUGUUUGAACCAAUUUUUUUCUAACUAAGGCCCCAAACCACCCAGCUAGAGUUUAAAUGCUUCCUAUCUCCACUGCUUCCCAGAGGCGGGCAGGUGAGAGGCUCCCUCCCUCUGCCCCAGGGGACUGGAAGCCCAAGCUUGUGAGAAAUAAAGCGGGUGCCGGGAGCAGCAGCCCACCCCCCUCCUCCCUUCUGCUUCCAGGUCUCUUUCAGACCGAGAAGUUGCAGUUUCAAAAUAAAACAGCGUUGGGGCUGUUGGGGUCCCACGGAACAUUUCCUGAGCGGUCUCUCUGGGUCUCGGCCUCACGUUUUAGCCUUUAAUCCUAAAGCACGGCUAGUUUUUUUCCCUCACCCACUUGGAAGAUAUCAUCACUCCUAUUUUAGAGAAGGGAAGACUGAGGAUCAGAGAGAUAAAGCAAUUAGCCUUAUCACCCCACAGCUGGCUAAUAAUAAUUCUCACUGCUAUAAGCUUUUAUCCAUAGCAUCUUUUGAGGGAAAGAACAUAAACACCUCAUUUUAGAAAAGGAUCCGGGUCCACCCAUCACCAUGUCCAGUCCCAUCUCCUAAACAAUAGAGCCCCCACCUCCACACUUCUCCAUUUCUUAGAUGAUACCCCCCUGCUCCCCCACCUCCCCAACCUAAUGUCUUCCCUGGCCAUGUAGCUUGAUUGACUUUUGCAGGGAUUCUCUCUUCCCUGGCAGUGCCCCUCCUCGCAAAGAGUGCAGAGAGAUGCCAGUACAGUGCAGUGGUGGCAGAGAGCCUCGAGGGCCCAGGAUUUUUCUAAGCCGUUAGAAUCUCUCAAAACCGGCUAACUCCUCUCCUUGCAGCAGUACAGAACCUCCAAUGGUCAAGGAUCAAUCGCAUUUCCUUCUCCAACCACCCUUCACAUUGGUCUUUACCAUGCUCAAUGAUCAGCCCCCACAAAUGGGACACUUUCUUCAAAAGAGAGGAGGAAAUUUCUGCCUGCAGGCAAGAAGGCAGCUUGUCCUCCCUCCCUACUUCUUUAUUAGGCUAUAAAGACCUUAAAAAAUA